AAAUACACAAAAUAUAUAAAAAUAAAAAAUUAUCAUCCAUCAUCAUCUACCACAUGGCUACAACAACACACCUUGUAUACUACUUUUCCUCUAUUAAUCCAAAACUCCGCCCUCCUCCUCUUCCUCCUAGACAUACUUGCCGUCUAUAUUCAUCUUUCCUCACCCCCAGAUAUCCAAUUUGUUAUCAACCUUCUGUUGUUGAUGAUGUUCCAAAUCAUCAUCAACUUCGUCGUCUUUUUUCACCCUGUGCUUUCGCCGGCGAUGUUUCCGGUCAUCUGCUCCAGGACGCCGGUGCCACGUUUCUUAUCGUUGCCGGAGCCUAUGCUCUUGUUUCUGGUUUUGAUUAUCUCACUCAGCAACAAAUCAUCCAACAGAGUUUAAGCAGAAAGCUGGUUCAUAUAUUAUCCGGAUUGCUUUAUAUGGGAAGCUGGCCACUUUUCAGUGGUUCAACAGAUGCUCGCUAUUUUGCUGCUUUAGUUCCCUUAUUGAAUUGUGCAAGGCUUCUUGUUCAUGGUUUUUCACUGGUAACCAAUGAAGAUCUUAUAAAAUCAGUCACUCGAGAAGGAAAACCAGAGGAAUUGCUUAAAGGACCUCUAUAUUAUGUUUUGAUGUUAAUUGUAUGCUCUCUUUUCUUCUGGCGUGAGUCACCAGUCGGUGUGCUUGCACUGUCAAUGAUGUGUGGCGGCGAUGGCAUUGCUGAUAUCAUGGGUAGAAGAUUUGGAACCCACAAAAUUCCGUACAACUUACAAAAGAGUUGGUGCGGUAGCAUCUCGAUGUUUAUAGUUGGUUUUCUAAUCUCGAUAGGGAUGCUAUACUACUUUUCAAUCUUCGGUUACUUAGAGCUAGACUGGAGUUCGACAAUUGAAAGAGUGGCACUGGUGGCACUGGUUGCAACAUUGGUGGAGUCACUCCCUACAAAAGGAGGCAUAGAUGACAAUAUCUCUGUUCCUCUGGCAAGUAUGGCAACUGCAUAUUUGAGUUUUGGCUUCCAAGUGUAAUAUGCUAUUUUCUUGCAAGUGCAUCCUUUUUCUUGAGUAAUGAUUUUUUAUAUACAAAAUGAAAAUAAAUAAUCUUUGAAUAACUCUAGAAUAGGAGUAUUUAUUGGCAGUUCAAAUGUAAUUUAAUAGCAAUCGAUAAUUUCAUUAACGGUGUAGUUUUCCUGAUUUGAAGUGAUCAAUGGAUUUAAAAUAGUACAAUGCAUCAA